CGCGUAAGCCACUUACAAAGUGGAAUGUCUUUUCUAUGCCAGCUGGAACUUUCUUAACCCACGAUUCCAACAAUAAAUAUGAAUGCAUCGCCACUGCUUUUCUGUAGAUGGUUGUGUGGUUACAUUUAAUUCUCAGAAGCUUUGUGUCAUCUAUUGUACCAGCAUCAAACCUUUGUUUUUCUUGAAAAUGGCGGAAAAAGGAUUUGAUGUUCAAGGAUGGGCGGCCAGAGAUCAAUCUGGCGUUCUUUCGCCAUUUAAUUUUACUCGCAGGAAGACUGGACCCAAUGACGUAACAUUCAAAGUUGCUUUCUGUGGCAUCUGUCAUUCCGAUUUGCACCAGCUCCGCAACGAUUGGCAUAACACCCAAUACCCAAUUGUACCAGGGCAUGAAAUCGUUGGGACUGUGACUGAAGUGGGAACACAAGUGAAGAAAUUUUCAGUGGGGGACCGUGUUGGAGUAGGAUGCCUGGUGGGCAGCUGCCAUAGCUGUGACAGCUGUGAAAAAGGGUUAGAGCAAUACUGUGACAAAAUUGUCUUCACCUACAAUUCUAUGGAUGUGGAUGGGUCUAUCACUUAUGGAGGCUACUCAUCUUUAAUGGUCUGUGACCAGAAGUUUAUAAUUAAGGUGCCAGAAAGCCUGCCAUUUGAUGCGGCUGCCCCAUUGUUAUGCGCUGGAAUAACUGUUUACAGCCCCAUGAAGUACUUUAGAAUGACAGAGAAGGGAAAUCGUUUGGGCGUAGUGGGUCUUGGCGGUCUGGGUCACAUGGCGGUUAAACUUGGCAAAGCCUUUGGCCUUCAUGUGACCGUCAUCAGUACAUCCCCAAACAAGGAAAAAGAAGCCAAAGAGGUAUUGGGGGCUGAUGAUUUCCUUAUCAGCAAAGAUGCGAAUCAGAUGAGGGAUGCAGCUAAAUCGCUGGAUUAUAUAAUUGAUACUGUAUCUGCUGAUCAUCCCUUGCCGCCAUUGCUCAAUUUGCUCAAAGUCAAUGGAAAGCUUGUUGUUGUUGGAAUUCCUAGUAAACCUCUACAAUUUCCUGCCACUAGUGUUAUAUUUGGACGGAGAUUAGUUGCAGGGAGCUCUAUUGGCGGAAUUGAGGAAACGCAGGAGAUGAUGGAUUUCUGUGCAGACCACAACAUUUCAUGCACCAUAGAAAAGAUAUCUAUUGAUUAUGUCAACACAGCAAUCGAAAGGCUGGAGAAGGGAGAUGUUAAAUAUCGAUUUGUUAUUGACAAUUCUGAGAGUUCUAAAGUUUAAAAUCAUCAUAGUAGGAAAAAAAAUAAAAAUUAAGUAAUCGGGAUUCAGUUUGAUCGGAUCUAAACAAGAGAUACAUAACGUCAAGUUUCUACCAAUUCCAGAUGAAUUGGAAGAUGAGUUAGAUUAGUGUUGAGAUUUAAUUACAGAAACAUUUAGAUUAAAAACUUUAAAAUUUGGAGAGAGAAAUACAGUAGAAUGACAGUGUUUGGAAUCAUGUAAUAACAAGUCUUAAUACAUGAAUAUUGAUAAAAUUAGAUGGCAGAGCUGUGUAUUUUUCAAUUUUAUAAUGAUUCACUAUAACCCAUCAUUAAUUAUGAAGGGUAUAUUGAUUACAAA